AUGACACGCUCUUCACUUUUGAAAAAGCAAAGAAAGGUUCAUUUGGUCCAAAACACUUCUAAAUCACGAAAAAUCGUUGACGAUGUUACAAAAAAGACACGUGAACUACAGAAUGAUCUUAUUUCGGACAUAGAUCGACCAACUGAUAAUGAAUAUUUCACGUACAAAAAACGUCCAUUUGCCGGUGCAUCAUGCCAAAAAUUAUCAAAUUUUCUGGAACAACAACAAAAUACAGAUGUUGAUGAAGAUACAAAUGAUUAUUAUCAGAUAAUUCACAAUUCGUUUUUAUUGGAAUUAAUGAAACAAAGUAUUUGUAUCUCAUGUAAGUCAAUAUGGAAUGGUGAUAUGUCUGUUGCACAACGGGAAGGUACUGUUUAUGUUAUCUUUUCUCGCGUAAAACUUAAUAAUUACAUAUAUAUUUUAGGAUUAUAUUGUUCUUUGGUGUUUACAUGUCACUGCUCGAACGAAAUUAAAAUCAAUACAUCUAAACAAUGUCCAAAAACUUCUCAACGAGAUAUUAAUGUUCGAAGUGCAAUUGGUGCAAAUUUUGCCGGGAUAGGUCAUCAAGGUCUUGUAACACUUUGUGGUGUUUUAAAUGUACCACCUCCUAUUGAUGAUGAUCAUUUUUCUCGCACUAUUACACGUAUACUUCCGGUGCUGGAUUUGGAGAGAUUAUCUAAAAGUUGUUCCAUUUGUACAGGUGCACUUAGUAUCAAACAUUCAAAUCCAACAAAAUAUGAAGAAAUUAAAAAUAAACAUAAAUGUGAAAUAACUCAUUCAGGCUCAUCAGGUUCUAUGGAAGCAGAAGGAAUAUAUCAUUUGUUUUCACGAUCCGAGAGAAUGUACAACGUUCAAUAUAUAAAUUAUGUAGGAGACGGGGAUUCUAAAGUUUUUCCAAAACUAACUAGCAAUCCUCCAUACAAAAAUGUAUCAAUCAAUAAAAUAGAAGACGUGAAUCAUUUCUCGAAAAAAAUGUUACAUCGUUUACAAAAGAUAGCAGAAGAUUUGAAGAAAACCAAAAUUGAUGGAAAACUUGGUAUAGGUGGAAAAGGCCGAAUGACAAAACAAAUGAUGAUUAAUUUCAAACAAUACUACCGUCAAGCUAUUGUGCGAAACAAAACAAAUCUAGACGAAAUGAUUCGUUCGGUUUGGGCAAUAUGGAAACACAAAGCUUCGUCGAACGAAGACCCUCACCAUGAGUGGUGUUCAAUAAAAUAUUGUGGAUAUUUAAAAUCUCUAGAAAAAGGUGAAGAAUAUGAUCAUUAUAAGCAUAGUUUACCAUUAGGUAUUAUGAAAGCAAUCCGACCAGUGUUUGAUGAAUUAGCUCACCCUGAUACUCUAAAGAAAGUCAUCAAUGGUGGAUCUCAAAACAGCAACGAAAGCUUCCAUGCCGUUUUAUGGAGUUUAGCACCAAAGAAUCGAUAUACCACUGGUGUAGUUAUUGAUCUAUGUGCAGCAAUUGCUGUAUUAUCAUAUAAUGAAGGUGAUCAAUCAAUUUUACCAGUUAUAGCUGAAUUAACAGGCGGUGGUUGGACAAAUCGGUCAUCCUAG